UCAACAUUAUCAAGUCAAAAUGAGCGGUAGAGGAAAGGGAGGUAAGGGACUCGGCAAAGGAGGCGCCAAGCGCCACCGCAAGGUCCUCCGCGAUAACAUCCAGGGCAUCACCAAGCCCGCCAUCCGCCGCCUGGCUCGCCGUGGCGGCGUCAAGCGUAUCUCCGGCCUCAUCUACGAGGAGACCCGCGGCGUGCUCAAGGUUUUCCUGGAGAACGUCAUCCGCGACGCCGUCACCUACACCGAGCACGCCAAGAGGAAGACCGUCACCGCCAUGGACGUGGUCUACGCCCUCAAGCGGCAGGGACGCACUCUCUACGGCUUCGGCGGCUUCAAAGCACCGAAGAAGGGCUCCAAGAAAGCCGUGUCCAAGAGCGUCACCAAGACCGGCAAGAAGAAGAGAAAGACCAGGAGGGAGAGCUAUGCCAUCUACGUGUACAAGGUCCUGAAGCAGGUCCACCCCGACACCGGCAUCUCCUCCAAGGCCAUGAGCAUCAUGAACUCCUUCGUGAGCGACAUCUUCGAGCGCAUCGCCGGCGAGGCCUCCCGCCUGGCCCACUACAACAAGCGCUCCACCAUCACCUCCAGGGAGAUCCAGACCGCCGUCCGUCUCCUGCUCCCCGGCGAGCUGGCUAAGCACGCCGUGUCCGAGGGCACCAAGGCUGUGACCAAGUACACCAGCUCCAAACGAACUAAAAUGGCCAGAACGAAGCAGACUGCUCGUAAAUCCACCGGAGGAAAGGCUCCCAGGAAGCAGCUGGCGACCAAAGCUGCCCGUAAGAGCGCCCCAGCCACCGGCGGAGUCAAGAAGCCCCACCGUUACAGGCCCGGUACCGUGGCUCUCAGAGAGAUCCGUCGCUACCAGAAGUCCACCGAGCUGCUAAUUCGUAAGCUGCCCUUCCAGCGCCUGGUGAGGGAGAUCGCUCAGGACUUCAAGACCGAUCUGCGCUUCCAGAGCUCCGCCGUCAUGGCUCUGCAGGAGGCCAGCGAGGCCUACUUGGUCGGCCUGUUCGAGGACACCAACCUGUGCGCCAUCCACGCCAAGAGGGUCACCAUCAUGCCAAAGGACAUCCAGCUGGCCCGCCGCAUCCGCGGAGAGAGGGCACAUUUCUCUCGCACUAAACGAAGAAAGAAAUCUCUAAACAUGUCUGGACGUGGAAAGACCGGUGCCGGCAAGACCAGAGCAAAGGCCAAGACUCGCUCAUCUCGUGCCGGACUCCAGUUCCCCGUCGGCCGUGUCCACAGGCUGCUGAGGAAGGGCAACUACGCCGAGCGUGUCGGUGCCGGCGCCCCAGUCUACCUGGCCGCGGUGCUCGAGUACCUGACCGCUGAGAUCCUGGAGUUGGCCGGCAACGCCGCCCGCGACAACAAGAAGACCAGGAUCAUCCCCAGGCACUUGCAGCUGGCCGUCCGCAACGACGAGGAGCUCAACAAACUGCUCGGCGGAGUCACCAUCGCUCAGGGCGGUGUGCUGCCCAACAUCCAGGCCGUCCUCCUGCCCAAGAAGACCGAGAAGCCCGCCAAGAAAAUACCGAGCGUCUGGCCACGAGCAGCACUUUCAUCUUUGUCUAAACACAGAAGAGAAAUGAGCGGUAGAGGAAAGGGAGGGAAGGGACUCGGCAAAGGAGGCGCCAAGCGCCACCGUAAGGUCCUCCGCGAUAACAUCCAGGGCAUCACCAAGCCCGCCAUCCGCCGCCUGGCUCGCCGUGGCGGCGUCAAGCGUAUCUCCGGCCUCAUCUACGAGGAGACCCGCGGCGUGCUUAAGGUUUUCCUGGAGAACGUCAUCCGCGACGCCGUCACCUACACCGAGCACGCCAAGAGGAAGACCGUCACCGCCAUGGACGUGGUCUACGCCCUCAAGCGGCAGGGACGCACUCUCUACGGCUUCGGAGGCUAAACUUCACCCUCACCCGGUCAACACAACAACACAAAGGCUCUUUUAAGAGCCAACCACCCCCAUCUAAAGAGUUCAGUCCUGUUUUAAUAUAAUUUAUCCAUUUUGAUAUGGAAUACGGUAAAUUUAAUUAUGAUCCCUAAUUAUAAUUAAACUGGGGGACGAAUCAUUUAAUUGUUUACAUAAUUACAGACAUAUUGUAUUUUAAUAAAGUUUAAAAUAACAAACUGUCAAAGCAUGUCGGAUUAAGGAUAUUUAUUAAAAAAAAUUUUAAGCUUAUUUUUUUUAAGAACUAUGAGCAUGUUAUUCAUGUACCUAGAAUCUGUAUGUAAUAUAAACUUCACCUAAAAAUAUCUAUGAAAAAUUAAUUGUGUAAAAAAAAAAUAGUGUAUAAACGGGUACUUUGUCCCUUUAACAGUAAAUGGUGGUUAUAUAAUAUAUUAAAUCGUUUGACACAUUUUCAUUGACAGAAUUGCGUUUAGAAGGGCCUGUCUAGCGCAUGCCCAGUCGCGAUAGAAAACACAGCCAAUCCUGUGCGAGGAACAGCACAGUGUCGUUUGCAUGAAGCUUGUAUAAAUACACCAUCGCGAAACGAGCAGGGGUAU